UCAAUGCUUGAGCUUUCGCCCAACUGCCUACGCCGUCAGUUUGCUACACCAACAUUGAUGAACAAACGGUCACGGAUAUGGAGAUGGACUCUGUAGUUUCCUCGCAGCUUUUCCUUGGCUUCUUGGCUUGAAGGGCUGUCACGCCCUAAUGUGUGAAAACAGCCCGUCCGUCCAUGCCACCACCUAGCCAAGCAUCAACCCAGCCAGCCAGCAAAGCCAAGCAACGCAAUGAAACGUACGAACGCUCAUACGCACACAAGACGUGCCCUGCCCUUGCCAAGAAGCCAAGAGUCCUUGUUCGUCGUCUUGGCCAAAAUCCAAUGCAAGUCAAACUAUCUAAUAUGACAUAAGCAAGAAGGUGGAUGUGGCUGGUGUGAGGUGGAUGUGGCUGUGAAUUACCAUAAAAGGAAAUUGAUUGUUGUGGUUGCGCCUCUCAUUCAGCCAAGCGGAUUUUUAUAUUCAAAAAGGGCCCCCGUCGUUCUUCUUCCCAUCUUUACGCAUCUCAUCAUCAUCGUCAUCCUCCUUCUCGCCUUCACAGCAGCCUCCGCGUCCUCCUCCUUUUACCAACACACUCGUUCACACCCUCUUUACAUUUCCUCGACAUGUCUGACGACGUUGCUGCUCUCGUUAUUGACAAUGGUUCUGGUAUGUGCAAAGCCGGUUUUGCCGGUGAUGAUGCACCUCGUGCGGUGUUCCCAUCCAUUGUCGGUCGUCCCCGUCACCAGGGUGUGAUGGUGGGUAUGGGACAAAAGGACUCGUACGUUGGUGACGAGGCACAAUCCAAGCGUGGUAUCUUGACCCUCAAGUACCCCAUUGAGCACGGUAUCGUGACCAACUGGGACGAUAUGGAAAAGAUUUGGCACCACACCUUCUACAAUGAAUUGCGUGUUGCACCCGAGGAACACCCUGUCUUGCUCACCGAGGCCCCCUUGAACCCCAAGGCCAACCGUGAAAAGAUGACCCAGAUCAUGUUCGAGACCUUCAACACCCCAGCAUUCUACGUUGCCAUUCAGGCUGUGCUCUCGUUGUACGCCUCCGGUCGUACCACCGGUAUCGUACUCGACUCUGGUGACGGUGUCUCCCACACUGUGCCAAUCUACGAAGGUUACGCUCUCCCCCACGCCAUCCUCCGUCUCGACCUUGCUGGUCGUGACUUGACCGACUACUUGAUGAAGAUUCUCACCGAGCGUGGUUACUCUUUCACCACCACCGCCGAACGUGAAAUUGUUCGUGACAUCAAGGAAAAGCUGUGCUACGUCGCGUUGGACUUUGAGCAGGAGAUGCAAACCGCUGCGCAGUCCUCUGCCCUGGAAAAGUCCUACGAACUUCCUGAUGGUCAAGUGAUCACCAUUGGCAACGAGCGUUUCCGUGCCCCCGAAGCUCUCUUCCAGCCUUCCUUCCUUGGUUUGGAAGCUGCGGGUAUCCACGAAACCACCUACAACUCGAUCAUGAAGUGUGAUGUCGACAUUCGUAAGGACUUGUACGGUAACAUUGUCUUGUCUGGCGGUACAACCAUGUACCCCGGUAUUGCUGACCGUAUGCAGCGUGAAAUCACCGCUCUCGCUCCCUCGUCCAUGAAGAUCAAGAUUGUCGCUCCCCCCGAGCGCAAGUACUCUGUCUGGAUCGGUGGUUCCAUCCUUGCUUCUCUCUCCACCUUCCAGCAAAUGUGGAUCUCAAAGCAAGAGUACGACGAGUCUGGUCCCUCGAUUGUCCACCGCAAGUGCUUCUAAGCGCGAGGUUGCAACGCGCUGCAGGAUGGGCAGGUUUCAUUAUACCGCGCUGCGCUGUGAACAACCAGAGAGUUUUACCUUUAUUGUUGUAUAAUACCAGUUUGCUUCAUAUAUCAAUUGGUUCUUCAAACUGUCUCGUGCCUACAUGUUUGGUCUUUGUUGAUUGUGCUC